AUGUCGAAGUUUUCCAUUAAGCGGUUUGCUGACAUCUUUGUGCUUUUUUCGCUGGUGGUGGCCGGAAUUGCUUAUGUUUCUUGUGCGCACGGAAGCAAUUUCGCGAUCGACGAAAUUGAUGGUAUGCUGGAAUCGUCCGAGUUGAUCAGUAAAUAUGGCUAUCCGUUAGAGAAUCACGAAGUAACUACUAGUGAUGGCUACAUUCUAUCACUGAUAAGAAUUCCCCCUCAGCAUAAAUCGAAAAAUAGCUCCGCUCCGAUGUUGCUAGUCCAUGGGCUGUACGCCAGCUCCGCAGAUUUUUUGCUUAUCGGUCCCAACAAUAGUAUCGCAUAUCUUCUGGCAGACUAUGGAUAUGACGUGUGGAUGUUAGACGUACGAGGAAACCGGUAUUCACGUCGUCAUCAACAUCUCGAUUCCCGGUCAAAAAAGUAUUGGGACUUCAGCUGGCACGAGAUAGGCUACUACGAUUUGCCGGCUACGAUCGAUCGCAUCCUGGAGCUGACUCGUUCCAAACGACUGUACUACAUCGGCAUCUCCCAGGGAGCGACCGCGUUCUUUGUAAUGGUCACCACUCGGCCGGAGUACAACGGAAAAGUGGCUCGCAUGUAUGCUCUCUCACCAGCUCUUUACUUGCAACACGUCCGGAGUCCAAUCCUUCGUUGGGUUGGCGAAAAUUUAAGUGAUCUGAAAGCAUUGCUAGACACGGUUGGAAUAUGGCAGCUAUUUCCUUACAACUCAGCGCAGUACCAGAUUCAAAAGAUUUUCUGUCCUAGCCAUAAGACACGAACCAUUUGCGUUCGAUUGAUAGAACUUCUAUAUGGCCCCAGCUCAGACGGAACGGAUCAACUAGCACAGUAUAUUCUCUUUGGUCAUAAUCCUUCUGGAAUUUCCACGAAACAAAUGCUACAUUUUUCACAGCUCAAUCGUGCAGGGAGAUUCCAACAGUUCGACUACGGCCAUGUCAACGAUAACCUCAUACACUACGGCAGCGAAACUCCUCCUGCAUACAACCUUUCGCUGGCCACUGUUCCGGUCGUGAUAUAUUACGGACUAAACGACUGGAUGAUCCACCCCAGAGAUGUGAUUCGGUUGAAGAAUGAACUGGCCAAUCUGGUCUCGAUUAACGCUGUUGAAGAUCCCAAUUUCAACCAUCUUGAUUUUGUUCUGGCCAAGCAGGUUCGGUCGCUGGUAUAUGAGAAGAUACUGAGAGAUUUAGAGCAACUAGAAGCUCAGAACAUACAGAGCAAAAUGAAAUAA